GGGAAGGUGCGCACAAUGUCUGUGGCAUCCUCAGAAAUUGGUCUUUCAAUCGACUUGGAUCUAAUUUUAAGCGACUUUUACGGAUUUUGCUUCUGUGUUACAGCAUCGGAUUCUGUACUUGUCUGAAGAUUUGGGGCAUUAAAUUCGGUACGACUGAGUCAAAAAGAUGAAUGUAUGACUUUCAGAGACAUGUGAAACGAAGGAUUAUUCUGCUCGUUUAUUAAUUAGAAUUCCCAACGCCAAUGAAGAUUAUGGAUGUACUGACAGAAAACAUAUUUGGCAUUAUUAAAUAGUAAUUGGUGGAGUAUAAAACACUGUCCCUCCUUGUGACGGUUUUUUUAUUUUCCCGAUGAUGGACGGCAAACAAUCAAGGACUUUCACACCUGGUUGUGCAGCUUUUGCCAACAAAUGAAAGGAAGAAACAUGUUUUGUCUGACGAAAUCUCGGAGUUUAUCAGACAGCAGCAGGACUAUGAGGAUCAGACAUGGGACAAAAGUCCAACAUCACUCCAAACCUAUUUCUAAAAUACACUUCAUAUUUAUUUUCCUGCUGCUCAUAUUCACACCGAGGGUGGAUUCAUCGUGGUGGUACAUUGGGGCGCUAGGUGCUCGAGUGAUCUGCGACAACAUUCCCGGCCUGGUGAACAAGCAGCGGCAGCUCUGCCAGCGGCACCCAGACCUGAUGCAGUCCAUCGGAGAGGGAGCCAAAGAGUGGAUCAAAGAGUGCCAGCACCAGUUCAGGAACCACCGCUGGAACUGCAGCACGCUAGACCGAGACCACACGGUGUUUGGCAGGGUGAUGCUGCGAAGCAGCCGUGAGGCAGCGUUUGUGUACGCAAUCUCUUCGGCGGGAGUGGUCUACGCCAUUACCAGGGCCUGCAGCCAGGGGGAGCUAAAGAUCUGCAACUGCGACGGCCAGAAGCGGGGGCAAGCCAGCGAUGACAGGGGCAACUUCGACUGGGGUGGAUGCAGCGACAACAUCAACUACGGCAUCAAAUUUGCCAAGGCUUUCGUAGACGCUCGAGAGAGGAUGGUGAAAGACGCUCGUGCGCUGAUGAACCUGCACAACAACCGCUGCGGUCGUAUGGCAGUGAAGCGCUUUAUGAAGCUGGAGUGCAAGUGUCACGGGGUCAGUGGCUCCUGUUCUCUGAGGACCUGCUGGCUGGCCAUGGCUGACUUCAGGCGAACUGGGGACUACCUGCGCAAGAAGUACAACACAGCCAUCGAGGUGACCAUGAACCAGGAUGGGACGGGCUUCAUGGUGGCUGACAAGGACUUCAAGGGAAGCACCAAGAAUGAGUUGGUUUACGUCGAGAACUCACCAGAUUACUGUCUCACGGACCGCCCCGCAGGGUCGUUGGGCACAGCAGGCAGAGUGUGCAACAAGUCCUCGAGAGGCACAGACGGCUGUGAGGUCAUGUGCUGUGGGCGGGGCUACGACACCAUGCGAGUCAAACGGGUCACCAAGUGCGAGUGUAAGUUCAAGUGGUGCUGCGCUGUGGAGUGCCAAGACUGCGAGGACUUGGUAGACGUUCACACCUGCAAACCCCACAAGCGACCCGAUUGGCUGGACAUAACCUAACGAGUAGGCUUGGCCAAUCACAAGUCGCCACUGACUCAAUAACCUGCACGCUAAUGACUGCAAUUUAUUAUAGGAUAUAUAAUUGGGAUUUCCUGACUGUAAUGCCUCCUGCUUUUGAUCUUCUGACACUCCCUGGAGCAGAGACUUCACAGACCUUGAUGCUAAACUGGAAAUUAGGCCCAGUUCCUGAUUGUCUGCUGCUUUAAUAGUGUUUCUGAGAAUUUGUUGAGCUUUUUUAACACAAACUUUGAAUCUUUGAUACAAAAUGGCAGAACAUCAUAUUAUUCUGUUGUAAAUGUACCCUAGUUUAAAGAAGUGAUAUGAACAAUACUGUCUGCUUGUUUUACAAUGUGUAAAAUGUGUGAGAACUUGACAUACUGCUAUACUGAUGAUCAUAACAACUAUUUCACCUGAAGAGAAAAAGAUACAGAACGAAAGAUGGGGGAAUGUUUUAAGAUAUUGUAAAAACACUGUCUUUGUAUCAUUUAAAUGAUAUUGGAAUGGUUCUGCUACAAAUCAUUUAAAAUACAAAAGACAGUUGCUGCUAAUGAGUGGAGAGGGCGCUGGUGAAGAAGUUAACUAAAGGAACAAGAUCAGACAAUCACACUGUGAACCGAAAGGAACGACAAACAAGAGACAACUUCAGUCCAUCAGUUAAAGUGGCCGUAUAGUUGCUGCAGAGCUGUAUUUAGCACGUUUUGGGGAGAAAAAGGACAGGACAAAUUAAGCUUCAUUUGGACUGUUUUCUAAAAGGGUUAAAUGUUUGCAUGUUUGACAGUCUGCAAUUGGUCUAACACAUUCUGGCUGUUUUGCCUUAAUGUGAACUUUAUUAUUUCUACCUCUGGUUCUUUGUCUUUGUUUUCAGGUUUUGUUUCAGUGCUAUGCCAACAGCUUCAAUCAAUUGUGCUUGGGCGGUUUUCAGACAGACAACAGCAAUGCGUAAAUACCUAAUACCAUUUAAUUAGGUCAAUCCAGCAAAAAAUGUAUUCUCUGUCUGUAAAGACAUUACUGCAACACAAGGGCCUAUGUAGAUCAUAUACUGGAAAUUCAACUGUUUACCUGAUCAUCAGAGAACAAAAAAACAAACUAAUUUGACCUGAUGACUUCCAGAAGCUGUGAAAUCCAGUUCCACACAAACUGCUGUGUAUUGAUUUUGUCUCUGGUUAGUCUUCAAACUCGGAUUUAUUAUGAAGAAACUGCCGCUCCUAGAUCUUAUAUAAUGUCAACCUUAAACAACAUGCAUGCAGCUGUUUUCAAUCUGAACCCCCAGUCAGGCAUACUCUCAGUCCUCUUUACCCAAAAGUUUACCGACUUACAUUUUCUCUUGGUCGUAGUUGUUUCAAUUUUUUUUUCAACCCUCAUGCCUCUUGUUUGGCGACAGCAAUCUCCAGAAAGCUGUGGAAAUGUUCUUUGGCAUCUUCCUUAAUGCUUGAUGAGAUGCAGCUUCUUUAUUUUGUUUCUGUAUAAAAAUAACCUCCUUACAUUUUGUAUUGAUGCUGUCCUAAAUUCAAGACAGCUUUUAAAGCAAUGGAUUAUGGUGACACAUAUGUCAGAUUUAAAGAUGAGUUCAGUUAAGAUCAGUUCAUUAUGGUGGUAUAGAGCUCCUUUUGUAUUAGCAUCACUGUGAUUACCAUCUUCCACAGACACCGCCGCUGUUUAUGCUGCUGAUAACAUUAUGCCCUCAAAUAAGAAGGCCUUACAAAAUACAUUUAAAGUUCAUUUAUAUGCUGCUAAAUUGUAAUAGAUCCUUAAUAAAACUGAACAGCAAGAUACAUACUGUAAAGCUGAAUAUCCUAAUUAUAAAGCAUCCUAUGAAAACACAACAUUUCUGUUUAUGCUUAUAUCUGUAUGAGGUCUUGUUUCAAACCGAUUCAGCUUUUCUCAUCAUCACUUGCUCUUCGUUGCAGUUGCAAGCAUAGCAUGUUUUUUCUGUCAACCACUUUUGUUGUGACAGAAUAAGUUCACAAUGCAAAAUGUAUGCAACAGGGCCUUCAGUCCUUUGUGAACACAUUCACUGGCUCAGGCUAGUUUGUGAGAAGUGAAGUAUUUAAUGAAAGCGGGCCAAGAAGUUGCAGAAAGAGAGGAGAGGUAGCGGCAGGCCCCAAAUUUGACUUUUCAACAUCUGGUAACGCAGCCAGACAUCAUGCUAGGCCAUUGGAGACACAACCCUCAGAGAGGUUUAUAGAUCUAAAUGAAUCUGACAACAAGCUGUGGAUGCUGAGAAUCAACAAAUGUUUUCAAGCCCACGUAAUGAGGAGGGGAGCCAAAGCUAAGUGCUUUGAACAAGGCCAAAUGACACACUGUGCCAAACGUUCACAAGUCAAAAGUUAAUUGCAAACAAAGGAGUCUGUUUUUAAUGUAAAUGAAGAGCCUGUUGGCUGUGUUUUUCUUGAAGAUUAGAAAGGUGAGAGCUGUUCACAUACAGUGGGGGCCAACCUCCAAAGUUCAUAUUUCUAUUCCCCAGUUCUUCUGACUGUGAUAGAGCACAACACUGACGAUAUCAGUAUAUUUCACAUUUGAUUCCUAUAAAACACAUGGGGAAACCCCUGGGCCUUCACUGAUCCGUUUAUAGAUUUGGAUUGUAGAACUGAUAAGUCAAGAAAUUCCCAAUGGAUAAUGGAUUCAUCAUUAGAGUAUUUCUUAAAUGCCAAUUUCAGUCCGUUAAAUAGAUAUUUCCUGUAUGUAUUCAACUAAAUAUCUUUUGUUUUCUUACUGAAAAAAGACAUUAGAAACUGGAUUUUAAGAAAAACUGAGAAACUUGGAUGGAUAUUUUUCAAUAUUUUAUGACAUUUCAAAACCAAACAAUUAAUUGAUUAAAAAAAAGAAAAUCUGCCGAUAAUAAAAUAAUUCCUUUUGAGAGGUCUAUUCCUAAUGGCAUUGCUUUGAUGGAUUUAAGUAUUCAGAGGUUUUUUUGUUACAUUUCAAAAAUUGUUAUUUGUAUAUUUUACUGAUCCUAUGAAUGUUUGACCGUCAAUUUCAGCCGGAUGCUACAUUUUUAA